UACCUUCACAGACGAUGCCCUAAAGGGACGGGGUGACGACGGAUGAUUCUGACGGGAUCAUGUAUGGUGUCUUCUCGAUGGUUGGCAAGGGUCGAAAAGGCGAUGACGAACCGAGUCCAGUUCGCUUCUUCUUUUCCGUCCUCUUUCCUUUUGUCGUGGGGAGGAGACGGGAUCCAAGGUAACACGGGUGGGCAACUCUCGGAUUGGAAUGCGAGCGGAGAGAGUGGGCGUCGGAACGAAAGGGAGCGAGUCGUCGUCGGGCGAAUUGGGUCGUGGGAGUUGCACGGCUGAGUCGAGUUCCUCGUCGUGGGAGCGAGGAAUUCUUCAGUGGGUGGUUGAUUGGGUGGGAGUUGACGUCGUCGUCGAUGCGGGUAAGGCGGACGGUCGCGAGGGAGAUGCAAGGAACGUGGAGGGACGUGGACUUGUUCUUUUGGGGUUCGAUAAAGAGGCGAGGAAAAUACCAGUCAAGGUCUUCUUCACUGAUCUUUAUCUCUUUUUUUUUGUACUUUGCUUGUGCAAAUCCAGUCUCUGUUCUUUUGCAGACUCGGGGGGGCGUGCAGACUCGAAGAGCGUUGACAAUGAACCCGAUGGCGAGAGAGUCGGAGAUGGAGGGGGGGUGUGUGGGCUGCAAAGGUCGAAGCUAGUCGUCCUUUGUGACUUGAAGGUUGGUGGGUUUGGUGGUGGUGGUGGUGGUGGAAGCUGGAGUCGAGGUAGAGCUUUAUUUGGAGGGUCAGUCGUCUCGGCAGAGGGAGGACAGUCGCCAGAUCAAGUCUCUUUCGUUCCUUCCUCUUUUUUCCUGGUUCUCUCGGGUGGGAGAUUAGAGAAUGGAAAGACCCUUUAUUCGAUUAGGACGAGCAAAGGAGUCAGGAAGGUUCUUGACUUCGCAGGAGGGGGGAGGGGAGGAGGGAGAGAGGAGGAGAGGGAAUGAAUGGAUUGAGAGGGACGAGGAGGAGGAGAGCGAAGGAAGGGCAGAAGGGGGGGACGAGAGGGUAG